GGCAGAGAAUCCCUAGUGGGUGGGGGGAUGUAGGGAUCACCCUGCUGCCCCCCACCCUCUCCCCCCCCAGCUCUGUUUCCUGCUCCAAGGAGAAUGUGGAUGAAAGGGGGACUGCACUGUGUGAGUGCCACCGGAAACAUCGCUCCGGUUUGAUGCAGUGCAAGUUGCUGAAUGCUUGGGGGUUAUUUUGGGAUGCUGGGCUGCAUGUGUCUCCCCUUGGUCUUCACUUUGCCAACUCCUACAUUCUGCUCCCACCAGGACCAAGGAAAAAGGGAGUAGUCCCCUCGUCCUGCACUCUUUUCCCAGUCCCAUCAGUGCUCCCAGUACCAAGCACAAUGGAGCAGGAAGAGCUUUGCAAAGGGAGAGGCUUAUCCCCAUCUUGGCGCCUUGCUUGGGUGCAGGGGGAAGAUGCUCAAUCGGUGUGCAGGAGCCCCCGGGACAUUUUGCCAAUUGAACGUGGGUUUGCAAGUCUGCUGUCCCUCCAGGGUACGUCUGCUGCAGAGCAGCACUGCUGGGCAUCCCACUCCACCCUACCCCACCUCAGGCAGUUAGAACCCAGAGGAGAGGACACUCUAGGUUGUUUUUGCCUUCAGCCAUCUCAGCCCCAGCCCAAGCAAGAGCAGCUUCUUGAUAGCACUACCAGUGUUGUCCCAGACAAGGGACUGAGCAGUCCCCAUUCCCUUGGCUGCAGUGACCUCUGUGCUGCCUGAGGGGCUGGUGCUGAUUGGGGUGCAUGGCUGAGUCCCAUGAGCUCAGACAACUUUUGGGGGUGCUGGUGCCCCCGAGUGUUGUCUUCAUCCCGAGUUCUUGGGGAUGUGGUCAGGAUGUGGUUUGUGGAUCCCCUUUGCAGAACAACCCCACAAUGCACCGGAGAAGUGCUCACUUCCACUGCAAGUGGCUGAGACCCCCCUGGAGUCUGCACAAGGUUGCUGCAUCCCAAGGGGCUUUGAUACCCACUUUCAUAAACCCUUGGCAGAGAACACCCGGCCUUGAUGGCAAUCCUGCGGAGACUGGCCCAUGGGUUCUCUGGGCUGAUCCCAGUCUGUGCUGGGAGCACGCACAGCAGGAGGGAGAGGCCCACCUGCCAAGCUGUGCUUUUGGAAGCCCUCCCAGCCUGCAUUUGCUCUGUCCUUCCCUACCCUGUUUUCAUGUGCCGGAGGAUGUGAACUUGCCAGCAGUUCUGCACCCCUGGGCCUGCUUCCCCUCUGCAUCCCAUGAGGCAGGACAAGGGGAAACCCCCUCAGCACAAAUGAGCAUCCCCACUCCAGGGUUGUUCUGCAUGCACUGGUGCUCGAUGAUUUCCCUAUGAGCUUCUGCAGCUGCUCCAACCAGAGUUGUCCCAGGCUGAGUCAGGACUGGCUACAAACCCACCUCCUCCCUCUGCCUUUAAGGGAAGAAAUGAACAAAGCAUUUGCGCUUUCAUCUGGGGAGUGCAGAGGUGGGGGCUCAGUGCCUUUUCCCCCUUUGUUAGGAGCAAAUCUGCAUGAACUGAGCAGCCAGAGUGGUACCUACUACUGCUAAAAGCUGUUGUGUGGGGGUUCAAGCACACCAAAGGGGACAUGAAGUGCCAGCACGAACAUCGUUUCCAUAGGAAACUCAAAGUAACAUAGAGCUUCUUGUUCUGCCUCCUCCUUGCCAAGCCAAAGCACUGCAGUGGAAUGCUGCCCUGGAAUGGGGCACAACCCUGGCCCCACACCACUCGCUGUGGGCAGGAUGCCUCAGUUUCCCCAAGCUCUUCAAAUUCAUUGUUUCCCACUGGUAAGGCUGGAGAGCUUCAGGGAGCUGGGGCGCAGUGCAAGGGCAAUGCUCACUGUUCAAAGAGGGAGCAGAACAGCUGAGGAGCAGUGCAGCAGGAUGAGACUUCCACCAUGCUGGUUCUCCUGCCAGGUUGGGAGCAUCCCCAGCCCCAUGGUUUGGAGGUGGAUGGAGAGGGCAGAGCUUGGUGCUAGUUGUGGCAUGGGACAGUAGUGUGGUGCCACCAGGUCUGGGGAGAGGUGCGUGGAGAUAGAUGAGCAAGCAUUGGGCAGGUGCUGAGCAAGGGCAGGGUUUGGGGGGAGUGCUACACCCCAGCUCUGGUGGAAAUCUCCCUGCAUGCUGCCAGGGCUGUGUGUCAUUUGGUUAUUUUUGGUUUCCCAACACUGCUUCCUCUGUGCUGCUCUCCGUCUGCCUCCAGGCUGGCAGCUUCCACCUUGCUGGGCUGUCACAGAGCAAGUCCUGCUCUCAAACCAGGGCAGCAGGGUCCUGCCCCUUCCUGCCCAGCAGUAGUUUUACUGUUCUUGGGGCACUGUGGUUUGUCCCUGCAGCUGGGACCUCACCAAUAAGAGGAAGGAAGCGGUAUCUUUGCUCCAAAACAGUGCUCUCACUUGCUGCAGGUACGCACAGUACAAAGGAAGCUGCAGCCGUCCCCUUCCCUGACGUCACCCUGCACGGUGACACCGUGGCUUACUGGGUGCAGCCGGAAAGGGCCCUGAUUCUAGUGUCACCAUCAUCAAGAUUGCUGCACCCUGUGCUGCAAAAUCUCGUGCUGAGACCCCAGGAUGAGUACACCCGAUGAGGAGCCGACCAAUCCAGCCCACACUCUGUUUGAGCACUUUGUACGUGCCAGGCAGUGCCAGGAGGUCCUGAGCUGCUUUGCAGAGCUGUGUCAUCAGCUGGGGCUGCAGGGCAAUGGGCUGCAGCUGUACCACAACCUCAAGGCUGCCCUCAACUCUUGGAGUGCCAAGGCUCUGUGGAGCAAGCUGGAUAAGAAAGCAGGACACAAGGACUACGACCAGGGCACUGCCUGCGCCAGCACCAAGUGUCUGGUGGUGGGUGCUGGUCCCUGUGGCCUGCGCACUGCCAUCGAGCUGGCGCUGCUUGGCGCCCGUGUGGUGCUGCUGGAGAAGCGUGACUCCUUCUCUCGUAACAAUGUGCUGCACCUAUGGCCCUUCACCAUCCAUGAUCUGCGGGCGCUGGGUGCCAAGAAGUUCUACGGGCGCUUCUGCACUGGCACACUGGACCACAUCAGUAUCCGGCAGCUGCAGCUCAUCCUGCUGAAGGUGGCCCUAUUGCUGGGUGUGGAGGUGUAUACCAAGGUUCAAUUUAAAGGCCUCCAUCCCCCCACAGGCAAAGCAGCUGGACAGGGCGGCUGGCGGGCUGUGCUGCAGCCCAGCUCCUCUCCCCUCAGCCACUAUGAGUUUGAUGUCCUCAUCUCGGCUGGGGGAGGCAAGUUUGUCCCAGAAGGCUUCAAGCGGAAGGAGAUGCGAGGCAAGCUGGCUAUUGGCAUCACCACCAACUUCAUCAACCGCUACAGCCGGGCAGAGGUGGAGGUAGCCGAGAUCAGCGGCGUGGCCCGGAUCUACAACCAGAAGUUCUUCCAAAACCUCUACAAUAAAACAGGGAUUGAUUUGGAGAACAUCGUCUACUACAAGGAUGAUACACACUACUUUGUCAUGACAGCCAGGAAGCAGAGCUUGCUGAAGAAGGGUGUCAUCCUGCAGGACAAAGCGGACAUUGAGAGCCUCCUGUCCCCAGACAAUGUGAACUGGGAUGCACUGCUCAGCUAUGCCAAGGAGGCUGCCAACUUCUCCACCAACUACUGCCUGCCUGAGCUGGAGUUCGCCCUCAACCAUCACAACCAGCCAGAUGUCGACAUGUUUGACUUCACCUGCAUGACACGCUCCGAAAACGCAGCACUGGUGCGGGAGCACAACGGGGCACGCCUACUGGUGGGGCUGGUGGGCGACUGCCUGGUGGAGCCCUUCUGGCCUCUGGGCACCGGUGUGGCUCGGGGCUUCCUGGCUGCCUUUGAUGCAGCAUGGAUGGUGCGGCGGUGGGCGGCCGGGACACCUCCUCUGGAGGUGUUGGCAGAGAGGGAGAGCAUCUACCAGCGCCUAUCGCAGACCUCACCAGACAACACCAACAAGAACGUCACACAGUACAGCAUCGACCCCACCACACGCUACCCUAACCUCAACCUGCAGGCUAUCAGACCCAGCCAGGUCCGGGACUUCUACCUCGUAGGCAAGGUGGAGGUGGACCACGAGAAGAAGAUUGACAACAGGCUCAGCACCGCUGUCUGCGGAGACACCUACAAGGAGCUGCUGCGCUGGUGCCAGGAUAGCACGGAUGGGUAUCAUGGGGUGGAGGUGACUGACUUCACGUCCUCCUGGACCAGUGGUUUGGCUCUCUGUGCCCUCAUCCAUCGAUUUCGUCCCCAUUUGGUGGAUUUCAACGCCAUGGACCCACAGGACCCCAUACGCACCCACCAGCUGAUGCUGGAUGUGGCAGAGCAGGAGUUGGGCAUCCAGCCUAUCCUCUCCAGUGCUGAGAUGGCCUCCAUGGCUGAGACCAACCGCCUGGGGCUCAUCACCUACCUCAGCCAGUUCUAUGAAGCAUUCAAGCCUCCUCCUCCAGCGUCGAUGGAGCUCAGCAAGAAGCCUCUGUCCCCCUGUGGCACCAAAGGGGCCAUCCUCUUUCUCAGCAAGCUACAGAAGAGCCGCAUCCUGACUCACAAGCGCACCCAGGCCAGUGUGCAGAAAGAUGCUGAGGGCAAGAAGAGCAAUAGGGACAGCACAGAGAUUGAUGCAGUUCCAUCUGGAGAUUCUAUGGAUAAUGACCACGAUGCACAACCUGCUGCCACUGUGGACCCCGCACAGACAUUGGUUCGCCCAGAGAGCAGUGAUGCCUGCUACUUUUGUGCACGCCGUGUCUACAUCCUGGAACGGGCCAGCGCCGAGGGACUCUUCUUCCACCGCAGCUGCUUCCAGUGCUGGCGCUGUGGGGCCACGCUGCGCCUAGGAGACUACGCCUUCAACGAGGAGGACGGUCACUUCUAUUGCUCACUUCACUUCCCUGACACCCUUAGCAUGGAGCUGCCCCCGCAUGAGCCACCAGCACUGCUCCCGAACAAACCUUCCAUGCUGCCUGAUGGGGAUGCUGUCACUGACCACGUGCUCUCAGAUGCUGGGAGCCCCUGUGCAUCCCCUGAGCAGGAGAAGCCUGGACCCCCACCCAUUUCCCCACAGCCACCCUGGGAGCCCAAGAUAGAGGAGGGUGUGGGCACUGAUGAAGUGAAGGAUGCUACGGGCACUGAUGAGAUAGUAGAGCAGGAGCUGCUGGUUUUGGGGAUGGAGAAUACAAUGGAGGAGGAUGAGGAGAGUGAAGGUCCCAGCACAGAGCCUCAGAAGGCAGUGGAGGAUGCUGAAGAGAGUGGUGGCAGGAGGAAGAUCAUCCUCUCAGACCUGGAGAAGCUUCAUCUCUCCUCACUGAGCCUCAUGGGCGACACAGAGGCUGAGCCUCCCCCCAAGCCAGCACGGCUGCGGCUGCAGGCACCGCUCGAGGCCAUGCUAGGUGUGCAGGCACAGGUGGCCUGGGAGGAGGAGGAGAAGGAGGAAGAAGAAGCAGUCAUGGAGGAAGAUCUGGAGGAGAGUGACAGUGAGGAAGAGGAGGAGGAGGAAGGCUCAGACCUGGACAUCACGGGAGAGUUGAACCUGAUAGUGGGGGGCACAGAGAAGUACCCCACCUGGAAACACACGCUGGACCGCCGUGCACGGGAGGCACAGAUGAAGCGGUUCUGCAAAGCCCAGGCCAUCCAGCGGCGGCUGGAGGAGAUCGAGGUGACAUUCCGAGAGCUGGAGCUGCAGGGUAUCAAGCUGGAAAAGUUCCUUCGGGAGGACAGUGACAGCCCAGCUGACCAGAAGACGCAGUGGAUGAACCAGUUGCUGUACCUGGUGCAGAAGAAGAACAGCCUGAUGUUGGAGGAGUCGGACCUCAUGAUCACGGUGCAGGAGCUGAAGCUGGAGGAGCAGCAGUGGCAGCUGGACCAGGAGCUGCGUUGGUACAUAGAGAAAGAAGAAGCCCUGAAGACCCCUGAGGACCAUGCAGCUGAGCAACAGAUCCUGGCUCAGCUGCUGAAGGUGGUGGACAAACGCAAUGCACUCAUCCACAUGCAGGAGGAGAAGCGUCUCAGUGAGCUGCAUCCCUGAAGGAUUCUCAUGGGGGGGGUUCUAGCAGUGUCCCUCCCCAGGUUAAGCAUCACCCCAAGCUGCUUUGCAGGCAGCUGCCAUGGCGAAGCUGCGUCCCCACUUGCUAUGGAGGGGGUGACAGCAAGGAGCAUACCCAUUCUGCAGCACAGAAGAAGUGCCCCCCACAUCCAGCUUAAUUUUGCCUUGGCCUUGUGCUUGCUUGAAAAUGAGAUUUGCAGGGCACAUGAAAUACAAGGGCUGCAUGGCUCUGCCCAGGAUUUGCCAGAGGAAAAAUCCCCAUCGAGGAACUGGAGUCUCUCUCGCUGCAAGAGAUCCCACAGCUAUGACCCCUUCAAGGCAGAUGCUGCCACAAGGCAGAACUGAUGGCAUCAAAAGCUUUUGGUCCUGUAAAACCUCUCAUGCUCAAGUUGCUCCACUGCCUUCCUCAGGACAGUGCCUCGGUCCCAGUGUGUGACAGCUCCAUGCCCACCAGACCCCAAGGGCCCAUGGCCACCAUGGGCAGGUGGCAGUUUCAUGCCAGAUACGGUGGGGCAGCAGCAGGAGCAGUGCCUGGAAGCUACUCUGGGACAUCCAUCCCAAUCAAGAACAUCCAUCCCAGCUGGGGACACCCACACUAAUCAAAGACAUCCAUCCCAGAUGGGAACAUCCACACCAAACCCUGACAUCAGGCUCUACAAACGGGACUACCAAUGGCCAGCACGUAGCUCUGCAUCACCACUUUUGGGUGCCACCUCCAUACUGUCCCCAUCCACCGCAGGAUACAAGGGUCAAAAACUCCUGUGCAAUGUGAUGUGGGAUGAGGAUGUUUCCCCAGCAGCUCUCCUAGUGGAUUUUGCCCAGAGCUGGCACUAUCUGUGACACAGGACAAAGGGCACUGGUGGCCACAUCCUCCUUGGCCCUUUCGGGCUUCUCCAAUUCCAGUGCCUUUGCAUGGACCUUUAAAGAUUUCCCAGUUGCUGCAGAGCUGUUCUCCACAGAGAUGUGGUGCUUACAGUAUGGGAGUCCUGGGUGUGGGAUGCUCUGCACCUCCCACUCUGCUGCAACCCCCUGCCUUGGAAUAAAACCUCCUUGACAUGGCA